ACAGCUCUCCCUUCUUUGCUUUUGCUGGUCUCAUGCAGAAUCUCCCCAUCCCUGAAUCUCUCUGUGGUAAAGUUGCUAAUAUUGAGGACCCUGAGGGAUAAUGCUUGCUCAGCCUCUGUAUCAGAAUUUGGGUUUUUUUUUUUUUUUUUUUUUUUGGCAGAAGCGAGAGGGCAAAGGAAUUUGCUCAGAGUUGGGCUGGUUAUGCAAAAUGCUCAAGUAGGAGGAGGAAUCCAAGGAGGAGAGUUGGUGAGUCAGAGGGCAGAGUUACACAGCCCAGCCAGCAGUGAGCCUAAGCAGCAGAAAGCCUAAGCCACUAGCAAGGUCAUCCAGUUCAUCAAGAUGACACACUUCAAAAAAAUGAUGCCACUGCUAUUCAUGGUGUCCCAGCUGACCAUCUGUGGUCUACUCAUCCACUUGUAUGACCACAACAUCAUAUCCCAGCCUGCAAAGGAGGAGCCCAAGCCUGUGCAUGUGUUGAUCCUGUCCUCCUGGCGCUCUGGUUCUUCUUUUGUGGGGCAGCUUUUUGGCCAGCAUCCAGAUGUCUUUUACCUGAUGGAGCCCGCCUGGCACGUCUGGACAACCUUCACCCAAAGCAGUGCCUCGACAUUGCACAUGGCAGUGCGAGACCUGAUCCGUUCCAUCUUUCUGUGUGAUAUGAGUGUCUUAGAUGCUUACAUGAAACCGGGGCCCCGCACACAGUCCCACUUGUUCCAAUGGGCCGUCAGCCGGGCUCUAUGCUCCCCACCUGCCUGCAACCUCUUUUCGCGGGAUCAGAUCAUACCCCAGACUCACUGCAAAGUUGUGUGCCACCGCCAGCCCUUUGAGGUGGUAGAGAGGGCCUGCCACUCCUACAGUCAUGUGGUGCUCAAGGAGGUGCGCUUCUUCAACCUGCAGGUGCUCUACCCACUGCUGAGAGACCCUUCCCUCAAUUUGCACAUCGUGCACCUGGUGCGAGAUCCUCGUGCAGUGUUCAGAUCUCGGGAACACACCAAGGGCGAACUCAUGACUGACAGCCACAUUGUGAUGGGGCCAGAUAGGCAGAAAUACAAGGAGGAGGACCAGCCCUACUAUUUGAUGCAGGUCAUUUGCCAAAGCCACGUGGAGAUCUACAAUGCUGUGCAGUCCUUGCCAAAAGUCCUGAAGCAGCGCUACCUGCUUGUUCGCUAUGAGGACCUGGUCCGGGAGCCCCUGGCCCAGACUGCCCGAAUGUAUGAGUAUGCACGGCUGAAAUUCUUGCCCCAGCUGCAGACCUGGGUGCACAACAUCACCAGAGGCAAAGGCAUGGGUGGUCAUGCCUUCUAUACAAAUGCCAGGAAUGCCCUCAAUGUCUCCCAGGCCUGGCGCUGGUCCUUGCCAUAUGAAAAGGUUUCUCGAGUUCAGUCAGUCUGCAGACAUGCCAUGAAUUUGCUGGGCUACCACCUGGUCAAAUCUAAACAAGAGCAGAGAAACCUGUCUCUGGAUCUUCUGUCUACCUGGGCCCUCUUCAAGAAAGAUUAUCAGGAGGGCUGAGGAGGCUCUGUUCCCACCUGACACAAGUCGUGGCCACAUUGCCUGAAGGCUUUAAGCCUUGCUUCUGUGUCUCUAUUGGUACCUAACAUGACUGUGAACUGUGCCCACACAUGCUCAAGUGUGACUGACUACUCUUGUCUAGAAAACACUCAACAGUUUUACUGAAGCAGUGCAUUCCACCAAUGAAACAAGGGUCUUCAUCUCUGUGUAUACCUCAGUGACUUCAAGGUCUGGGAUUCUUUUGUUUAUUAUUAUUAUAGAUUUAGUUAUGAUAGACAAGUCCACUGAAUAAGAGGGAUACAAUUCUCACUACCAGAGUUCUGGAUCCCAUCCCCUCCAUUGGAAGCUUUCCUACUCUUUAUCCCUCUGGGAGUAUGGACCCAGGAUCAUUAUGGGUUGCAGAAGGCAGGAGUUCUGGCUUCUGUAAUUGCUUCUCUGCUGGACAUGGACAUUGGCAGUUGAUCCAUACUCCCAACCUGUUUCUAUCUUUCUCUAAUGGGGCAGGAAGGCCUGGGAUUAUAUUGGUACCACAUAGUAUCAGCAGAAUACAUCUAUGAACUUCUCUACCACAUCAUACCCUAUGGGAAAGUAGACAGAAAGGAAAAUGGUUUUUCCACCAAAAAGCUCAAAAGGACAUUCCACAAAAGAUAUGAAUUCAGCAUUCAGAGCUCCUGGUAGGUUCAAAAGGAUAAUGGGAAUGAGGGUUGGGUGUUUGCUCAUCAUAGCCACUAAGUGCCACAAAUUUGAGACCAAAUUUUUACUCAACAGAGAGAGUUCUUAAUUUGUGGAUCUAAUUUGAAUGACACUUCCUUGCAAUGUUUUUCUGCCUAUACACAGAAGAUGCAUGGUGCCUUGUCAUAUAUCAGAUUCUGACCUGUGAAACUAUCAUCCAAUAACAACAAAAUUUCAAAAUAACAUUCUGAGCUGGGGAGAUGAUAGGCAGUACAGCAGAGGGGUUGUAUGCCCUACGUCCCAGGUUUAAUCCCUAGUACUUCAUAAACCAGAACUGAGUAGAGCACUGAUCUCUCUCACACUUUCAUAGUUAAUUAAUAAAUACACAAAAGAACAUUCUAUUUGAGUUCCUCCUGUUGUAGUUUCUUACUACUUAGUAGUAAAUACUUUUUUAGAGCAUGAGCAUCCUUCUAUAUUUUUAUUCAAUACUAUUUCUUUUUUUUUUCCAAUACUAUUUCUAUGGUCUGUCACACACACACACAC